GUUGCACAAACAGCAGAUGGCUUGGAUGCUGACCUCUGGAAAGAUGGCUUAUUUAAAUCCAAGGUCACACGAUACCUGUGCUUCACGAGGUCGUUUUCAAAAGAAAAUAGUCAUUUAGGCAACGUCUUGGUUGACAUGAAGCUCAUUGAUAUCAAGGACACUUUACCCGUGGGAUUCAUCCCCAUCCAGGAGACCAUCGAUACACAAGAAACAGCUUUCAGAAAGAAGAGGCUGUGCAUUAAAUUCAUCCCUCGAGAUUCUACAGAGGCAGCAAUCUGUGAUAUCCGAAUCCUGGGCAGAUCUAAACAAGCUCCUCCUCAGUACACGUUCAUAGGGGAGCUGAACAACAUGGGCAUUUGGUACCGCAUGGGCAGAGUUCCGCGCAACCACGAACCAUCACAGCCUGCAACUCCUCCUUCCCAAGCACCAUCUUCGACACCAGCUCCCAACCUGCCCAAGUAA